AUGGCCCCUCGCGCGAGUUUCUGGCAACGCGAGCCAGACACAUUACCUGCACCGACGGAACCCCCUCCUUUUGCUGGCCGCAUCGGUGCGAACCAGCAGUUCUCUCUGGAUAAAAACAACUGUACAAAUACGGAGAUAUUGGAAAAAUACCCCGAUGCGGCCCCGUGGGUUCCAUGGAGAGACUCUCUAUCACCAAAACAAUUCCUCGAGGUAGGGCUGUGGAAAGCAGCUGCCGUUGAAGGCAUAGGGACCUGCUUGCUCGUGUACCUAACUAUCCUCUUCCCUGUGGGGCUGGCGCGAAAUAUGAGCAACCUUGCGACCGGCCCCGUUGUGCCCACCUUAAUCGGUAGCUUGACGGUGAUGUUCAUGCUUCCUUUAUUCAUCUACACCGUCGGUCCGGUUUCUGGGGCCCAUCUCAACCCAACGAUCAGUCUGGCUGCAUUCUUCGGUCGCUUGACGACGUUGCCGAGAUGCGUGCUAUACGUUGCAUUCCAGAUACUCGGUUCGGCCAUCGCCGGCUGGCUGGUCAGAGCGAGCCUUGACACGAGAUCAUUUAUAGUCCCCGGCUGUUAUAUGGACGUCAACCAGGUCUCAGCCGGUAGCGCGUUCGCGAUUGAAUUUGUCACGGACGUGGCACUAAUCUUCCUCGCAUUUGGCAUUGGCCUUGAUCCACGCCAGCGUGCAGUCUUCGGACCGACAUUAGGCCCCAUUUUCGUUGGCAUUGUGCUCGGAGUGUGUAUAUUCUCGACUGGCAUCAUUCGUCCCGGGUAUACCGGGUUCUGUACGCAGGACACCCAGCCCGAUGCUUCGGCGCGAUGGUCGGGUCGCAUUUUGCGUCCUAUCAUUGGAUACACUGGAUAG